CUCGAUUUUGAGGUGAUUUGGACUGAUUUUGAGUCGCUGGAGGAGAUUUCCGGCAAGACUCCGGCGAGGCUCCGACGAGCACUUCCAGGCAGUUUUUCGGCAUUUCGUCGCUUCCAUAGCUUCCCCCUCAUCAUCCCCUACACCUCUACUUGAGUCUCCAGGUUUGAUUUUGACCUUAACUAUGUUAUUUAUGGAGAAUUGGGUGUUAGGGUGCAUGUUUAGAGAACCACUUUGAAUCCUUUGAAUUGUGUUCAAUUGAUUGAGGGGAAUGCUUGGAUUAUGUAUGAAUUGUGUUGGGCAAUGUCCCCCUUGCUUGUUUGAGCCCUUGUGUGCAAGAAUUUUGUCAAUUUCAUGCUUAACUUAAUAGUGCACACAAGGUGUUCGAUGAAAUGCCUGUUUCCGUACCUGUUUGGGGGAGUCGGUUGGAGCCCUUAAUGAUGUGCUUUGAGGGUGUGUUUGCUAUGGAUGUGAACCUUGAGUUGCCUACUUUUUCAUGGAUGUGCACCCCCACCCCGAUUAUGCUUGUUUGAUCGAGUUCUUGACCCCCGAACUAAGGAUGAAACUAUGGUUCGGCUGUUUUCUGUUCUUAAGUGUGGGGGUGUGAUUAACAUUUUCCUUGGCUCUUUUGGUUCCACUUUGGGUAGUUCUUUUGGAGGAGCAUGACGAAGCCCGACCUCAAGCACCCGUUUAUUCGAGAUUUGAGGAGGGGUCCCCACCAGGAUCGUUUUAAGAGCGUCAUGGCCUGCCAGUUUGGACAGUAUCAUUGCUGGUCCAAGCGGGAGUUUGAGAAGUUGCACUGCUACGAGCACUUCUCCGCCAUUGUCACCAACCGCCCUUGGUGCCGCCUACUCUGCAUUUGCGAGAAGGUUUACCACGAGCUCGUGCCUGAGUUUUACACGACCUUCCAGCACGCCGACACGGAGAAUGGGAAGGACGGAGAAGCCAUCAAGUUCAGGCUCGGCGGUGCACCCCGAUCCAUGAGCUACCACGAGUUGGCGACUGCCCUCGACCUCGGCAUGGUCGAUGACAGGGACUACGUCACCGAGCUUCUCGAGCCAGAGGGGGGUGAACUUCAAGACACUGUACACCCGCCACGCUCGGCCAGGCCAGCGUCCCUUCUCGGCGGGGAAGACGAAGGCCAGCACAUUGCAGCUCGACAACCGCAUUCUCCAUCACUUGCUGGCCAAGUCUUACACUCCAGCCUCGGGCACUGCCAGCGCCAUCACCAAGAGAGCCAUGUACUUCAUCCAGUCUAUGCGCCAGUGGGAUCAUCCCCUCCACUUGGGUUCGAUGGUGGCGAGGACCUUCGACAAGAGUGCUUCUGAGCUGAAGAAACUCCACUGCACUCC